UGUACUAAGCACUGUGAACUGACUCCAAGGAGUAGUAGUCUUGCCGAGGGAAUCGGAGAGCAUGUGGACGCUCGCGACAUGGAGAUAGAAAGUGGGAAGUCCGUGCCUGUUGUCGCAGUUGUGACUGAACCUCGGUUUACUCAGCGAUAUAGGGAAUAUCUGGAGAAGCAGAAACUCUUGGAUAGACAGCACCGUGUGCAAAAGAUGCCAGAUGGCACCGUGGCGCUACCGGUGCUGGGAGAGACCCUCCCCGAGCAGCACCUGCGGGAGCUGAGCAGUCGCGUGGCCCCAGGCAGCACCUGUGUGCUGACCCAGCUCCUGGAUCCUGUUCCUUCAAAGAAGGUCCAGGGUUUUUCACCUGCCCAAAGAUUGUGCCUUGAGGUGAGUCGCUGGGUAGAGGGUCGGGGAGUCAAGUGGUCCGCUGAGUUGGAGGCUGAUUUGCCCCGAUCUUGGCAACGGCAUGGGGACCUCUUGUUGCUGAGUGAAGACUGUUUUCAAGACAAGCAAUGGAAAAGUCUGGAACCAGAACUCUGGGAGACUGUUUCCUCCGCACUUGGUGUCCAGCGUUUGGCAAAACGAGGGCGGGUAUCACGGGAUGGCGCUCGAACUCCAGCAGUGACUCUGCUGCUGGGCGACCAUGGCUGGGUAGAGCAUGUGGAUAAUGGUAUCCGAUAUAAGUUUGACGUGACCCAGUGUAUGUUCUCCUUCGGAAACAUCACGGAGAAGCUGCGAGUGGCAUCACUGUCCUGUGCUGGAGAAGUGCUAGUGGAUCUCUAUGCAGGGAUUGGUUAUUUCACAUUACCCUUCCUAGUUCAUGCUGGUGCUGCCUUCCUUCAUGCCUGUGAGUGGAACCCCCAUGCUGUAGCUGCUCUGAGAAAUAACCUUGAGAUCAAUGGAGUAGCAGAUCGGUGCCAAAUUCAUUUUGGGGAUAACAGGAAACUGAAGCUCUCAAAUGUUGCAGAUAGGGUUAACCUGGGGCUGAUUCCCAGCUCUGAAGAAGGCUGGCCCAUUGCCUGCCAAGUGCUACGACAGGAUGCUGGGGGUAUUCUGCAUAUCCACCAAAAUGUGGAAUCUUUCCCAGGGAAGAAUCUCCAGCCUCCUGGAAGCAGCAAAACAGAGAAAGAGCAUUGGCCUUACCCUCAGCAAGUUAUUACCAACCAGUGCAAAAAUGGAGAUACCAGGGAUUCCAGGAGAAAAAUGCUGUCACCAGCCACCAAGCCAGAGUGGCAAAGGUGGGCAGAAUCUGCAGAAACUCGAAUUGCCUAUCUUCUUCAGCAGGUGCAUGGGAAACCAUGGAAGACACGAAUCCUGCACAUCCAACCAGUGAAAUCCUAUGCUCCCCAUGUGGAUCACAUAGUCCUGGAUCUGGAAUGCCGCCCCUGUCCUUCAGUAGGUUAGAGGAGGUGGAUCCUGGGACACAAGGGAUUCAUGUGUGAGUGGCCCUUAAUGCAUCAGCUUAAGGCUGAGUUCCCACCUCUUGUCUCCCGGUUAUCUAUUUUAAUAUUUUGUUGCCCUGAAAGCAAGCUCUAGACCAGUCCAAAUCAUUUCAUUUUUCUUCCAGUGAUCACACUGAAAAUGAGCUACAUAUCUGGGAGAAGCAGCAUGGCCCAUUAAAAUGAGGCUCAUCUGUGCAAUUAUGAAUUCCAAAUUCUGACCUCAGUUCUGAUCUUGCAUACGAGGUUUCAAUAUUCUUUGGCCUUGGAUUUCCUUAUUUGCAAAAUGAAGGUUUCCUUGAACUGUCUCACAUGGGUAUUGUCUAAUAAGCAGUUGUACACAGGGCAUUGGUUAUUUUAGAGUGAAAGACACAAUACUGUUUCCAAAAUCACUCCUGCUACCAUAUGGAAAAUCAACUGGAGGAGGGCCAACAUGGAAACAGGGAGAUUGGUGAGGAGGAUUCUGUGGCUGUCCAGGUGUGAGGUGAUGUUGGCUUGGAUUAGGGUGGUGGCAGUGGGAGGUGGAUGGAUUUGAGAAAUAAAAUCAACAGGACCAAGCAAUAGAAACCAAAUCAAGUCAUUAAUAUGAUGCUGCUUUGUAUUAUGACUGACUAAAUUAGGGAGAGAAAGGGACAAAAAUUACUCAGGUGUAAUAACUCUAUUCUACUUUAGUAUUCCUAAAUGAGUAUGGGGGGAUAUCUUAUAUAUUCGGUUUAUUGUGGUAGAAAAA